AUGAUAGUGUCAUCAUCGUAUAGCAAUGAAAAUAACGUUGUCAUUUUAUCAUCUAUAAUUAUAUUUGUAUUAUUGCCGAAUGUGACACCUCAACCGACAUUGGUAAAGAAUUCUAAAACAUUUCAAAGCUGUAAAGCUACUUGUAGCUCUCACAUAACACUUCCUUGUGAUUUUGGAAGUUUGGAUCGAUGCAUCAUGCAAUCAUGCCAAAAUGCAUGUUGGAGGGAUGGUAAUCGUAAGGUACAGUCCUGUUUUUGUCGAGGAUCAGCAGAAGGUCCAACGUUACGCGCAUGCUUCUGCGGUCCGUCUAAGAUUCGAAAAAACAGCAAACCAAGGAGAAAAAUAUUUUUUAUAUAA